CACUCACCGUCCGACUCCCCUUCUCGACCAGGCCAGUUACAAAAAAGUCCUUCGUCCUUUUUUCCUCUUUCCUAUUCCCCAUCCCUCUCGAGACUCCAGUCCAGUCCAACCUCUCGUCGACCAUCAUGUCUACCUCUGAGCUCGCUUGCUCCUACGCGGCCCUCAUCCUCGCCGAUGAUGGCGUCGAGGUCACCGCCGACAAGCUCCAGACCCUCAUCAACGCCGCCAAGGUUCCCGAGGUUGAGCCCAUCUGGACUUCCAUCUUCGCCAAGGCUCUCGAGGGCAAGGACAUCAAGGAGCUCCUGACCAACGUUGGCUCCGGUGGCCCCGCCGCUGCCGCCCCCGCUGCUGCUGCCGGUGGCGCUGCUGCCCCCGCCGAGGCUGUUGAGGAGAAGAAGGAGGAGGAGAAGGAGGAGUCCGACGACGACAUGGGCUUCGGUCUUUUCGACUAAGCGUCCUAAAUCCUACGAUUGGAUCUGGAUUCCCCAUAAUUUCCUUUUUGCUUCCUCGUUUCCUUUCUAUCUCCUUCUCGCCCCCUCGCAUAUCUUGUACCUAACAAUACUCGACCUCACGAAGAUCAAAAUGGGAAAAUUAAAAGAACGAAUUAAACGGACAAUGGAUAUCCGAUGGGACUGGGCGCUCCGGCUUGCAUGAUGGGCUCCAACGUGACAGAGGUACUGGACCGGAUGACGCUAGGAUUCCGGGCCCGUGGGAUAUAGUCGAGGCUGUACGGAGCGAUGAAGGGGAUCUCCCUUGUCUGCAGUCAAUCCGUACUUGUUUUGAUGUCUUAUGUCGUGUUAUGCUUGUUGCUAGCUAUGUUUCGAGCUUAGGUGCCCAGCUCUCAUGCAAUGUCUGUCAUGCGACCAUGAGC